AUGAGCGCCGCCGAGACGUCGAUCUGCAUUUCAGUGCUGUGCAUCUACGUGCUCAGGGCGCCACCAUCACCACCGCCGACGACCCCCGCCGCCGCUCGUUUUGCUUACGGAGAGGAAGCAUCCUUGGAGAUCCUGCCGAGCGGCGAAACGCAGACGAAGCCAAUCGGGUCCAGCAUCAUUCUGACGUGCAAGCCGAAGGUCGAAGACACGAAGCUCAUCAGCGACAUGCAAUGGCUCGAUACGCAAAAUCGUGUGAUCGAGUCCCUGAACACGUUCCCAGGGAACUCGAAACCACCGAUGUACACCGAAUUGCACCAGGAUAACAGCCUGUCUCUGUAUUUCAACUCCCUUCAGGAGGAGCAGGCUGGGAAAUACAUGUGCAGGGGCACUUAUGCGAAUUCGAUACAGCUGAACAAGACUGUGACAAUUGAAACUAUCGUGGCGAUCACUUGGGACGACGCGCCCCAGAAUCAAUACCCAAUCCUUGGAGAAGACUUCCCGAUUCAGUGCAAAGUACGCGCGAGGCCUUCGCCCUUAGUCGACUGGCUCUACAACGGUGAAUUAAUUAAGACGAACGACCACUACAUCAUCGACAAGUACGCGCUGAAGAUCAAGAACGUACAAGAAUCCGACGACGGGAUCUACACUUGCCGAGCAUCGGUGUUGAACACGGGAGAGCUCAAAGAACGACCUAUUCGUGUCGAGGUGCACGUGCGCCCGACGGUGACGGAUCUCUCCAGUCCGGUCGACAUAAUCGAAGGGGAAGACGCGAGUAUACAGUGCCAAGCUCUCGGUAAACCGCCGCCGAAAUUCACCUGGGUGAAGUCGUUGACGCAGCAGAAUCUCUCGAGCGCCGACCGUUUCGGCGUGGACGCGGACACCGGGAUGUUAACGAUCACGAACGUGAACAGAGAGGAUGCUGGUGAAUAUCAGUGCACAGCGACGAACGCGGCCGGCACAGCAAACACGAACAUCAUGGUGAACGUGAUAGUCAAGCCAAAGAUUAUGGAGUUUCUGAACGCCACCGUGGUGCAGGAUAAAGAGGCGACAAUCGUGUGCAAAGCGUUCGGCAGACCUCCUCCCCAAGUGACAUUCCGAAAGCACACGAAUGACAAGCCUUACGUGAAAGGAGCCCAACCAGAGGACGACAGAGUGAUCCUCACGAAUAGUCAAGACGAUAUCACUGGCGAGACAGUCGGUACUUUGACCAUCCACGAAACUAUGAGAUCGAACGACGGUCUGUACGAAUGCAUCGCUCAGAACGCUGGGGGGGAGGCACGCCGGAACGGACAUCUCAUGGUAGAGUUCCCGCCAUCUUUCGCCUCGAUGCCGAACAAGACCGUCUGGUCAUGGGAACAACGGCCAGUGAACAUCAGCUGUAUCGCGGAGAGCAUACCGAACGCGACUAUACGAUGGACGAUACACGGGGAUCAGAAAAUCGACAACGACGCGAUGAUCAAACAACUUGGCAAUGGGCCACUGUCGACGCUUAUGAUCGCGCCCCUCGACAGGCGAUAUUACACAACCUACAAAUGCAUCGCGUCGAACACGCACGGUACACGGGAGCAUAAUAUCGAGCUGAGAGAGGCGACCCGACCGGGGGAGGUGUUGCAGUCGAAAAUGGUCGAGAUUACCGCGACCACGAUCAGGUUCGAAUUGGUGCCGCCCACCACGCAUCCGGAAUUGCCCGUCAGGACGAUCGUUGUGCAGUACAAGGAGGACAGGCAGACCUGGACGGAGGCUAAGAAUAAAACGUGGUCUGUUGACUCGUACUACGUCAUCGAAGGUCUGAAACCGCAGACCCCAUACGAAUUCCGGUUCGCCGCGUGGAACGACGUCGGUCUUGGUACCUGGGGAGCGAUGUAUCGCGAGGUGACGCCCGGUAGAACCUUCCCGAACCAACCGAAGAUAAUAACGCCGGCCGCCGAGUACGACGUGUCGAAGUUCAAUAAUCAAUACGAAUUGUCGUGGUUGGUCCCGGCCGACAACGGCGAGCCGAUCGACAUGUAUCAGAUCAAGUACUGUCAGAUAAAACGCGUGUCAGGCGAAUGGGAGGUGCUGGAGAACACCUGUUGGACGGAGGACGUCAAGACCCAGGGCAGGACGAGGCACUGGCUUAAGAACCUGUACUCGGACACGUUCUACAAGAUCGAGCUCAGGGCACACAACGCGAUGGGCUUCAGUCAGCCGGGGACCGCGAAGUUCAAGACGGCACGGGAAUCUACGGGCCUCAAUGUGGACUACAAUAUAGAUACUUCCGCCGGAGGUACUCCCAAGCUCGCCGUGACCGCCAUUGCUACAGCAAUUCUAUUAGUAGCCAUUUAAAAAAAGAACGAAACACGAACGAAAAACAAAAAACAAACGAAAAGAGGCACACAAUAAAAGAGAGUAUAAAACCGAUUGCAAAAGUCAUCGUGAAGAUAAA